AUGUGGCACUCUCCCACAGACUGCUCAACACCUCUGAUCUCUGAUAUUUACGACCACCCACCCUCCAUCUCAACUCAGGGUAUCGAAGUCCGCGAUGAGCUCGUUAGGCGCAAUUGGGCCUCGCGAGAACCCGGGCCUAUUCUCGUGUUUUGCAUUGUCUUUGUCGUGGGUGUUGGAAUUCUCGCCCUCAUUAUACAAAAGGUCGUGAAGGAUCGGAGGGAAGAGCGCGCGAAAUGGGAGAUUACGGAGAUUAAGGAUUGA